CCUGCUUUAAUUAGAUACGUCCAGGGCCGGUAGAAAUAACCAAUCCCUGUUUCGCGAAUUAUAGAUACAGGGAACGCCUAAAUGGUUUUGCGCUCAUUUUCAUCCUCCACGAUCACGCAACGCGCAUGGCAAUAACAUCCUGAUGAGAGAACUGGAUACCACAACUCUCCUAUACUUUGUCCGCUCUCGUUCUUCCUUGCAAACACUUCUAACUUUUCUAAACUCACAUGAAAUCACACCUUCACUGAAAAUCUCUGUACUUCCGAAACUCUCCCUAACCUCUAUAAAACAAACACCUUAUAUUAUGGACAGCCAAGGAAUCUUCCCUUCACUGCAACGAUAUACAUAUCGUGCGUAAAUAAAGGCUACCUAGUGCGAGUUAAAAUUGCGUGACGAGCCAAAGCCGGAAUUUAAAAAUACUGACAUGUGAUAACGGUCCUCGGUGCUACCCCUGUUGUGUCUGUUUUUAAGUUGUUGGCGUUAACGGGCUGUGAAAACAACCGAAAUAUAAUUUCAGGGAAAUAAUUCCAUAUUUUCAUAACUUUCCCUCCUGUUUUAGGUGUAACCUCGCUGGGACCCACAUCGCGUGACUUUCAGUUGCGUCACGCAUGGCUCCCAUGAUGCACUGGUUCUCUUUCAAAAUGGCCGCCACACAUUGCUUUUCAAACGAAGCAAAUCUACAGCGAGAGGUUUGUUCUCUGAUCGCUCAGAAGUCAUCAGAAGCGAUUAAAGACCACGGAUUCUUCUCGGUCGGGUUUUCAGGUGGAAGUCUGCCCAAAAUUGUUUGUCCAGGUUUGCUGUCGCGGCAGAUUGACUUUUCAAAGUGGCGAGUGUUCCUCUGCGAUGAGCGGUACGUGCCAAUAUCACACGCUGAUAGUAACUAUCAAGGAGUAAAGCAGCAUCUCUUAGACAAAGCUUCUGUUCCACCGGAGGAGGUAUUAGUCAUCAAUCACGACAUCUCGUUGGAGGAAGCUGCGAAAGACUAUGAAUCUCGCCUGAAGAGUUGGUACCCUGGGAGUGAGCUCCCCUCCCUUGAUAUGCUUCUCUUAGGGAUGGGUCCCGACGGACACACCUGUUCUCUCUUUCCUGGCCAUGCUUUGUUGAAAGAAACGUCUUGCCUUGUAGCACCGAUAUCUGACUCACCCAAGCCACCUCCUUGUCGGAUCACGCUGACCUAUCCAAUCAUUAAUGCCGCUAAAUGUGCAGUGUUUGUCAGUACUGGAGCAAGCAAGGCAAGUGUACUCCAGCAGGUGCUGGAGGGCGGUCCUGAGGACCCGCUUCCUGCUGCAAGAGUGAAGCCAGCUCAGGGAGAACUGCACUGGUUCAUUGACAAUGCUGCAGCUAGUUUGUUGAAAACCAAAUGAACAAUGACUCCUAAUUUAGUUUUUUCCACUUUGUUUAGUAUUUUUUUAAAGAAAAUUUUGGAGGGUAAGUUGGAGUUUAUUGAUUGGCUGAUUUAAAUCCCCGGGGGACUCUCAUAUAAAAAGGACGGGGGUGCUUGUUGGAAAUUUUGAAAAGAACCCCUUACACCCUGAAAGAUACUGCAACAACCCAGAAAGGUACAAAGAGCACCCCCAUCUUUUUUACAUGGAAGUCUCCCCCGGGGUCUAAUCUAGUUUGAGCCCCAGUCAAGGUCGAGUCUGAGCUGAUGCUAAACUAAAAGUCACAUUAAAUGUAGCAUGUCACAUUACCCCAACAACUAUUUCCGAGCUAACCAUUCAACUAUACAGUAAUAAUUUUAGUUUAACUGUUGUUCAGGCACAUUGGAACUCUAUUAGUAUUUGGAGUACCCGGUCUGCUAUUUAGGCUAAAAAACAAGCAAACUUUAAAAAAUAAAAACACUUUAAGGUAAUUCACUUGAAAUUGUUCUACUAUCAAACUUUUUUUGAAACUUGGCAUAGUUAACCUUCAUGAUAUGAACAUUAAAAAAAUGCAAUAAAAAAUCGGGUCACUGUGCUUGUUUACGCUUCAGCAGGCUCUUAAAAUGGGGUAUUUUUACUGGUUGUGCGUUAAAAAUUCGAAUCACUUUCAUAUAGGAUUAAGUCUUGGUUACUUGAAAGACACAAAAUUUUAUCUUGAAAGUAAAGCUUCUUUAUUCACAUAAGUAGUAUUGCUUCAUUUAAGCGGUUUUUGUUUGCCUGGUUGUGGGAAUAUUGCCUUUUUUCGGACAGUUCUGUGGUUAGCUGGAAGUCCUUGCCCUGGCCAACGUACACCCAGUACGGAACUAUUUUCCAAAAAAAAAAAAUCAUGUUCUACUAUCAAACUUUUUUUCUUCUUCAAAUAUGUUCUUUAUUAGACUGUUCUUAGCAAAUACCUGUAAAAAAUUGGGGGUCACUGUACUUGUUUAAGAGAAAAGGAGCAUUUAUUUCGCUGUUGAGCUUAGUUUGAGGGAAAUCUCUUACGUUUUGUAUGUGCACACGCUCAUGUUAGCACGCUAAUGACGCGAAAAUUGUGGACAGUAGGGAUGCGCAAUGCAAUACUAAAGAAUCACCGUAAGUACUGUAGUCGCUCAUCCCCUGCCCAGCAACUGCUAGUUUCAAAACCACAAGGAGUUUGGAGAUCAGCAAUCAGCAAUGACUCUACAUUGGACUCAGUCUCACAUUUGUCCCAAGGUCAGAUCUGACUCCUAGCACAUUUUACACUUAAGGUAGCUCUCAACACUUUCAGUUUAACAUCUCUAGACCAUCAAUAUAGGUUGCUAUGACAACACCAAAAGGGUCAGAUGUACCCUACUUUGCAUCUUUAGAGGUGAAUAACUAAAUGAACGUUCCUUCUUAGUGUAUUGUUCUGUCUAGUUAGAUGUAGUUUAUUGUUGACAGAAUCAGUAAAAUGGAAUUGGAACAGCUAACCAUGAUUGAUGCUUUCCUUUUAUUUAAUCAUAUCAAUAUUUAAUGGUGUUACCUGCAAAGUUUGUAAAAGUAAUUAAAAUGUAUGAUACAGUAGAAUUGCAAUUUCUUGAGUGUUUGAGGGAAACGACUUUAGUUUGAUUUGGAAGCUCAAGAAAUGGGUAUUCCACUGUAAAUAAUAAAAUAAUGCUGCAUGCUCAACUGUAGCCAGGAGGAUUCGAAGAUGUUUUGAAGCAAAAUUAUUACUUGUGUACAAAACAUUACUUCAACUUGUGUAUGAUUAAAAACAAUAUGACUACAGAAAAACACAAAUGUUGUAGAUGUGUCUGAAGGACUUUGGGGGGAGGUGGGGUUCAUAAAAACUGAGACUAAUGUUUACUCCGUACAAAUCUCUUUUGAAGCUCAGCUGAUAAACUGACGCAUCCAUUCCUGGUAAAUGUGUGUGCAAAUGUUAAGCGCAGUAGUACAUUUUCAGUCACUUGUUGACUAGACAUGAAGGAAAAAAUACUCCUUCUGAACAACACAGUGUUCUUUUACACAAUGUUUUGAAAAGUAUAUCUGCAAAACCUAAUUUGUGGGCAGUCAAUCUUUGCAGUUCUUAUUGCAUUUAGGUUAGAACCACUGAAGGAACAAGUCAAAUUAUUCUCCUUUUCUAACAAUAACAAUAACUAAUAAUAAUAAUAAUAAUAAUAAUAAUAAUAAUAAUAAUAAUAAUAAUAAAUGUUAAAUAAUAAAUAGUAUUUUUAUAAUUGCCUGAGAAAAAAGGUUUUGACUGUUGUUAUGAAAUUGUUUAAAGACAAUUUGAAGCUACAAACAUUAGACUGUGCGCCCAAAGUUUCUCUAAGCUACAACUAUAACCAACUUAGUAAUCACAUGAAGCUGAAGCAAUUAAGGAUUUAAACUGUUCAUGAUAGCUGUAAUUUCUUUGCACCAGCUCACUUAGAAGCAUAAGAAAAUUAUCAAACAUCACAUGUAGUGUGACCCCUUGAUUAUAAUCAAAUUUGCACUUACAUUCGUAUGAUUACCAAUUCUAAGUAACUACAUGGCUAUACCCAGAGCUACCCGAGAGUACAUGAAUCCUUUCUAUCCAUGGUUUAGAUUGGAGCAGAUUACAAUUGUGGCGUGACAUGCAUAGUCACGUGAGCAGUGGCAUCUCGUGGCACCUUUUCAGCCUGUAGUUUUUCUGAUUUUACUGUCAUCACAACUCAACAACAAUGACAUGACUUCUGCUUUCUUCAUCCAUUUGGAAUACUCUCUGGUCCUUUCUAGUCGAGAUUUAAUGAUAACAUCAAACGGUUUGCUUUUGGCACUAGUAAUUAAAGAAUCACCAAAGGAAAGUGUGACAUAGCCCCCAUCGUUGGAUACAAAAGAAAAUAACAAGACUGCAGUUGUCAAAUUCGGCACCCAGCCUCUUUAAGAUGACGUCAAUAUUCACCUCUGAAAAUAUGUCUAAAGUAAUACCACUAAAAGUUAUCCCACUCAGGCUUUUAGCCAGGAUUUGAAAAGUAGGCAUCCAAAAUGUGCUCUACAGCCUGCUCAAAUGAACAAUUUAUAAGACGACAUAUGAAAAAUAAGUUUCUUUAAUAACUGGCCAUCCAAAGGACACCUGGAUGCCCACCUCGCUAAAAGCCUGUCCCCACUUCUCGCAUGGGUGGUACUAAUCAAGAAAAUAUUAUUCUGGACUCGCCCCAAAACAUUUGUUACCACAUUUCAAUAAAAUCCAUUUUUAGUAAAAGAAACUUACAAUAAAGUGGGAGGACACAUAAUUUAUUUAGAUUGUUAGUCACCUUACAAAACAGGGAAUUGCAAAAUAAACUUAGAUCAAGAUAUACAUAGCUGGCCCUUCCCCAAGCCAUCUCUAUGCUCCGUUGCAAGUAAUGAUUAAACUACACAUUUAAAAUGAUGUCAACAGGUGAUGGGUGACUUCAUUUAACUUCCUAAAAUAAGUCAGAAUAUAAGUUUGGUACCCCUGAAAAAUUGAUAACAUCAGAUAACUAAGUGUUUGAAUGUGGCUAGCACAUUUCAGCCUAAUUAAAAUAAGGUAUGUUGCAAAAAAA